AUGGCGGCGUGGUGCUCCGCCGAGUCCACCAAGCCGGUCUUCGUCGGGAUCUACGGCGCCGUCCUCGGCGGCUUCGCGGUCUCCGCGCUCUUCUUCCUGCUCUCCUCCUCCUCCUCGCUCUCCGCGCCCACGCUCCCGCUCCCGGCCGCCGCCAUCGCCGGGGCCAACCUCUCCGCGCCCACUCCCGCCCAGCCCGAGACCAUGUACAACCGCCCCAUCUGGAAGCCCCCGCCCCGGCGGGCGCGGAUGCCCUCUCCGCGCGCGUUCCGACUCACCCGCGACAUGGUCGCCGCCCGCGCCCGCGACGGCGUCAUCGUCGUCACCUUCGGCAACUACGCCUUCCUCGACUUCAUCCUCACCUGGGGGCGCCACCUCACCGACCUCGGCGUCGACAACCUCCUCGUCGGCGCCAUGGACACCAAGCUGCUCCGGGAGCUCUACUUCCGGGGCGUGCCGUCUUCGACAUGGGCAGCAGGAUGGCCACCAAGGACGCCGGGUGGGGCUCCCCCACCUUCCACAAGAUGGGCAGGGAGAAGGUGCUGCUCAUCAACGCGCUCCUGCCUUUCGGGUACGAGCUGCUCAUGUGCGACACGGACAUGGUGUGGCUCAAGAACCCAUUGCCCUACCUUGCCCGAUACCCCGAAGCGGAUCUCCUCACGUCCAGCGAUCAGGUCAUACCCACCGUCACCGACGACAGCCUGGAGAACUGGAGGGAAGUCAAUCUCUACUAUCUUAUUCACAGUUACUGGUGCAUUCAACAUUGGUAUUUUCCAUUGGCGACCCACUGAACCUGCUAAAAGGCUGGCAAAAGAUUGGAAAGAUUUAGUCAUAUCUGAUGAUAAGUUGUGGGACCAGAAUGCUUUUAAUGAUCUUGUACGCCAAAAAUUUGGACAGCCAGUUCAAGGAGGUGAUCUUGUAUAUUCUUAUGAUGGGAAACUGAAGCUGGGAGUACUACCGGCAAGUAUAUUUUGCAGCGGGCCAUACAUAUUUUGUGCAGGAGGUUUCCUGUCAUUUAAACCUAACAUUCCAAAAAGUUUGCUAUUAGAUGGUGCUCAUACUGUUGAAUCUCAUUUUGAGUUGGUUAAUUAUGAGCUGAAGCAAAUAAGAACUGCACUUGCAGUCGCGUCCUUGUUAAAGCGGACACUGGUAAUGCCUCCAUUAUGGUGCAGGCUUGAUAGAAUGUGGUUUGGACAUCCUGGAAUUUUAGAAGGAACAAUGACCAGACAACCUUUUCUCUGCCCGAUGGAUCAUGUGUUUGAGGUUCAUGUUAUGCUAAAGGACUUGCCCAAGGAAGAGUUUGGUCCACAUAUUGAUUUCAGAGAGUACUCCUUUCUUGAGAAUCCAUCAUUACCUAAAGAGGUGAAAGAUUCGUUACUCGAUGUUCAACUCUGUGAUGAGCAUAGCUCCAGAUGCUCUGCAGUUGAUGAAACCGAUAAGCACAGACCCUUUCUUUUACCAAGAAAUAGUACUGAAGAAAAGCUGUUGGAUUUGCUGUCACCAUAUAAGGAUGUCAAAAUCAUACAAUUCUCAUCUAUGGUUGAUGCCUUCGGUGGUUUUGCUGAUGCAGCUGUGGAGAAGAAGUUCCGGGAAUCGUGUGAAGAGGGUGGAAGCCACACCCUCCAGAGACUAGGGAACAGGACCAUCCACCUUGGUCAUGACUGCCGACAAGAAGGUGCAAGAAAGAUUGUAAUGAUGAAGAUCUGA